AUGGUUAAGCCAAGGACGGUGGUGAUCAUGGGUCUUCCAAGGUUCUGUCAUUUCCACAACUCCAGCAAAUUCCUCCUCCAUGGCACGUGUUCCCUAGUGUCCGGGGCGAACGUGAUCCGCGGCUGGUCGCCGACCCCCGGCGCGCGGGGUGACGCGGGCCUUCGGCUGCCAUGGCCCGGCCUGCGGCGUCGGACCGCGCCCCGGGGUGGCAGCGAAGCUCCGCGGGGGGCGGGAGGCCCCUCGGCCGGGCCGGGGACCUCAGGGCCCGCUCCGCCACAGCAGCCAGCCUGGACGGGGAGGCCGAGGGAGCUCGGUCCGGACGCCGGCCCCGGGGUCGGGGUGCGGGGUGGAGGGAGGCGCCGGGGCCCCGCUGGGGAGCCAGCGCGGGUGUCGGGGUGCGCACACCUGGAGCGAGGCUUGCCCUCCCGGAGCGCGUUGUGUUACCCCCUUUUCUGCAGGGUUUCCGCCGAAAAUGAGCGCUGUGCAGCCCCCGGCGACUGGAGCAGGCGUGCGACCGUGAUCUCCUGCUCCUCGGCGACGCCAGCCUUCCGAGGGACCUCGGUUUGCGGAUCCAGCUGCGUUACAGGCAGGUUUCUGAGGACGGCCCAGGUGCAGCCUGCAGAGAGAGGCGUAGGAAAUCACUGUGACGGCCUUGAGGUAGGAGGCGAGCAGCCUCUGGAGCCCGGAGCCUCGGAAGGAGGAGGGGCUGAUAGACGUGGGUCACUCCAGGGCCCCUGCCACCUCGUACUCUGGGUGGAAGGUGAGUUUACUGGAAGAUUUGUGUGCGUGCUGGAUCACAAUCUGCUCAUUUCUUUUCUGCCUGCUUCUGUAUACCUGAAAAGUAAUUGUUCUGGCUGAGGACCUUCCAUGUUUCUUUGGUUUAACCAUGUAAUUUUUGAACGUUGAGCUGCUCAAGACCCAGUUUUGUAUAAAUAAAAGGGGCGAGACCCCAAAGAGA